AUGCAAGUUGAGUCCCGUCUUUGGCCCAACGCCGAUCUGGCGGACACCAAUUUCCGAGUUCCUCAGGUUGAGAAGAUGUCCAACAUAUCAUCUCCAUCUGCCUGUGCGAUUUCAUAUGGCAGCCGUUCAUUCCGCCAAGAUCGCCUACCGAAUCAUCAAGGGGUGAGCCAGUUUUUGGAAGCAGUGUCCGAGUCACUCUCCGCCACGGGUGGACGAAGUGAGAGUGUAUGGAGAGUCUUGACCCUACGCGGUAUCGACGCGCUUGGCGGACCCAUCACAGAAUCAAGUCAAGUAAAGUCCACGGUGCAACGAGUGCUCGAGACUCUCCGACCGUUGACUACACCAUCUGAGUCGGCAGACCUCAAGGAGGCUUUGAUCAGCAUUGCCUCAAAGUCGGUCACGCUGUGGGAAAGCGCUCGGAAGGACGAGGCCAGACUUGUCGUCGUAAAGCAGCCCGAUCCCAGCGACGAGAACAAAUGGCAAGCGGAAGACAUGUGCGGUAUGGAGGAGCUCUCGAUGCCACCCGAUGGAAAGAUUGACACCACGGGUCUCGACCCGCUUUGUCUCUUCCCGAGUCUUCUCCAUAUCAACUCACGCGGUGAAACCGUGGUCCUCCACCGAGGCAGCGCACUCUUUCCGACCGCGCGCGUGUGGAUUCAAGGGAUGUUGGGGAAGGCUAGGCAUGAGGAGGAGCUGGCGAAAGCGCUCAUGGAGGCGCGCUCCAAGGUGAACGCUCGACGGAUUUCGUUUUCAGUGGGCCCGAACAGUCCUACGGGAGGAAAGUUGGACACAAAGCCGGUCCCCGACGGCAAUUAA